CUUUCAAAAUGCCAUUGUAGAGUCUUUACUGUGUUUAGUGUGAGAGGAGUGAAGUUUAUUAUCCAAUAAGUGAAAUGUGACAUAAGUAAGUGGAAACACUGCAAAUUGUUCAAUAGCAAUCUCAAAUUUCAGUCAAUUUUGAUGAAAAUGUCGGAAGAGAGACCGAGGCAAAGGCAAAACUUAGACAGACUUUUGAAGUUUUGUGUGGAAAAUACCCUAGCUGAAGAUCCUGGUGACCGAUCUAGUUCUAGCAUCGAACCAGAGCGCCAGGCAUGGCUACAAGAAGCUCUCAAAAACUUUACUGGUGAAGAUGAAGUGUCUCUAAUAAAGAAGUGUUUGAUGUUGCUGUCUACUCCAUUUGGAGAGUUGUCAGCUGACCCUGAAGAGGAUUUCAUGACACGAGAAAAUGCUUUGGAACAAAUAGAAAGUGUUGUUGACAACAUUGACAAUGCCAAAGAUUGCUUUAAACUUGGCGGAUUAGAUGUAUUUUUGAAGUACAUUGAUGAUAAUAUGCAUUGUACAUUACAAUGGCAAGCUCUUUCUGUUCUUGGCUCAUGUCUUCAAAACAAUGCUUAUUGCCAGGAGCAAGCAUUAAAGAUAAACAUUUUAUCAAGAUUACUGAAGAUCGUAGACGGAGAUUUUGGCGAUACAACAGUUAAUGUCAAGGCAGUUUAUGCUCUGGGAUGUAUGAUUCGAGGUUGCGAGGAGGCUGAAAGGCAAUUUAUUGAAAAAGACGGAUUCUCAUAUCUUCUUCGUGCUGUGGAGCGAAAUGUUCCUAAACUUAACAUCAAAGCGAUUUUUCUUAUUUCAAACUUAACAGAUGAAAACCAAAAAAAUAUUGAAACUCUAUGCAACAUGGGUAUGGUAGAGAAAAUGAUUGCUAUCAUUCAAGGGCAACACGAACAACAUCAUGAGCAUGUCCUACAUAUUUUGCUGAAAUUUGUAAAGAACCAUCAUCCCGCAUUGUCAGAAUCACGGCGACAACAAUACGAUUUAAAAAGGACUUUGGAAAAUCGCAAACAUUAUCUGCAGCAAACAGAUCCAGAAGCAUACGAGGAGGAAAUAAGCUAUUGCAGCGAGCUAUUGAAGCUUUGUUUCUCGGGCGAUAAUGUCAAUGAUGAAACUGAGAGAUGAUUGAAAAAUUACGCACCUUUAGUGGAUGCUCUUGGAUAUGUAUUGAUUGUAUACUAUGUACUUUUAUCUUGCUUUUUAGUCCGUUGAUCUUUAAGAAACAUUUGUGCUUUUAAAGUAAUCCAAGGCUUCUUAUUGGCUAGUAACCAUCUGUCUAACUGUAUUAGGGGAAUAUAUUUUCGUCAACGUGUA